UACGUUUAGCUUCCAAGAUGGCGGUGGCCAGUGAGAGUGGAAGCACCGAUGGUGUCAACCGGCAUGUGGGCAUUCCCGAAGCGGUGUUUGUGGAAGAUGUAGAUACUUUUAUGAAGAAACCUGGAAAUGAAACCGCUGAAGCAGUACUUCGGAAACUCGAUGAGCAGUAUCAGAAAUAUAAAUUUAUGGAACUUAAUCUCUCUCAAAAGAAAAGAAGGCUAAAAGGUCAGAUUCCGGAAAUUAAGCAGACUUUGGAAAUUCUAAAGCACAUGCAGAAGAAAAAGGAUUCAACUGAACCAAUGGAGACUCGGUUUUUAUUGGCUGACAAUCUUUAUUGUAAAGCAUCUGUACCACCUACUGAUAAAGUGUGCUUGUGGUUGGGAGCCAAUGUGAUGCUUGAAUAUGAUAUUGAUGAAGCACAAGUAUUGUUAGAAAAGAACUUAUCAACUGCUACAAGAAGUCUUGAAUCAACGGAGGAAGAUCUUGACUUUCUUCGGGACCAGUUUACUAUUACAGAAGUCAAUAUGGCUAGAGUUUAUAAUUGGGAUGUUAAAAGAAGAAACAAGAACGACCCUUCAAAAAGCAAAUCGUAGCUCCAUCAUUUUUACAUGUAACUUCUUCCCAAAACGUGUUUUUUACACAACCAAUACAAUAAGUAUUGGGAUAAGAAAUUGGUCACUUCUAUAGUUCAAUGCUAAUUGAAAUCGGGCUCCAUUUUAUUUAUCUAUAGAUUCUGACUUCAUGCAUGCUUUCAUGUAUAUGGAUUACUUCAUUGAAAGGAAAAGGGCACUUCAAAUACCACUGGAUGAAUAUAGGCAAAAAGUCAACGGAACAGAUGCAGUUUUGGACAUUUAUUUUAGCAGAAGCUGAUGUGCACUUAUACAAACUUCAUUUUGAUCAUCAAAGUACUGAUGAAGCCACUUGGGUCUUCUGUUUUAAAAUGCUCUUUCAAAUGUUUGUUUUUAAGUAGCUUUAACCUUUAUUCCUAAUGUCUUAAAUUAUUUUCAAACUGCUAAAUAACCUUCACAAUAAAAAGUUUACUAUACAGAUGCAAAAUUGAAGUUUAAAGAUUCACCUAAUGGCAAAAUCACUUUCACAUUUAUUUUUUAAUAUUGCUUUACUCGAUCACAGCACUAUAUAUGCAUUUGUAAAAUAUGCAAGAUACUAGCUUUCGGUUCUCAAAUACAUUUUUUUUUUUUGCUCAAAAUGGUUGUGUUGGCCUGAGUUUCCUGAAUAUUGUGGAAGUGGAACUAAAUUGUUAGUGAAUAAUGCAGUUUUCUCUAAGAUAUUUUUUUUGAUAAAAUUGUAAUAUCAUAGUGCAUAUUGCUUCCAAGAGACUAAUAUGUACUGUUAACUUUAUUCCCUCUCUUCUUCCUGUGAUAAAUAAAAUAUCUUGUUAAAGGUUU